AAAGAAAAAAAAAAAAAAUCAAUUUCCCCUGUUGCUAAGGGUAACGGUGCCCUGCCCCUCCGCUAAAGGGCGGGAAAUCGCGCCGCCGCCAUGGGGGACGUUCAUGAGGUGCCGCGGCCGCGCAUCGCCACCGGGCAGCUGGCGCAGCACAUCGGGAAGCCCGUCUGCUUCGUGGGCCGCGUCGAGAAGAUUCAUCCUACUGGGAAGCUUUUGGUGCUUUCGGAUGGAGAAGGAAAACAUACGACUGUGGAGCUGAGCGAACCUCUAGAUGAAGAGAUCUCAGGAGUUCUUGAAGUCGUGGGAAGAGUAACAAAUCAGGCAACCAUCAUGUGCAUGUCAUAUGUCCAGUUCAGAGAAGAUAAAAGUCCAUUUGAUCUGGAACUCUACAAUGAAGCACUAAAAAUUAUUCAUGAAUUCCCUGAAUACUUUGGUACUGAGAGGAAAAACUGAUUUUUCUUAGCAUACAUUUAGAGGUUCAGAGGGGAAAACAGUAUUGUAACUUUUUAUUCUGACAGAAUAAUGGCAGUUGCAUUUAUUUCCAACAAAUAUACUGAAAAGUUGCUGCUGUUACGUGUGCCAUGUAUUGCCAGUGAAGAAUGUUUUCUUUUGAAAAUGUUUUUAUUCAGCAAUAAGGAAAAUGCCUCUGUGGAUAUCUCGCUGUCUGUAUAUAUUUAACCCUUUUGCAUCCAGAAGGAAUAUUCUUUUUCAGGAUUAGACUUGCUAGAAACUGAAGUUUUGUUGGCAUCUUUUUGUUGUUGGUAGAGGUUCUAGAAUAUGGGAAACUCAUGUUGAAGACAUUUCGUGGGGUUUGAAUGUAAAGAUUUUUUUUCUUCAUUGAAAUGGGGGGGUAUUUUACAUCUUGAAAAUGGUCUCCAAUAAAAAAGAUCUGACUACAUUUAA